GCAAUGACGUCAUUCCGGUAGCGCCAUUUCCGCGUCGCGCCGGGCCCGCGGGCGCUGCGGUUCCAGGAACGCUCCGGGAGCGGCCCGGGACCCCCAGAGGCGCCUCGGAACCGCUCCGCAACCGCUCCGGAUUCCUCCGGAACCGCCGCGGCUCCACCCGCGGACUCUCCUGCGCCUCGGCCCGGCCCGGGCCGCUCCCCGCCCCGCCCCGGGGCCGGCCGGGGAUGCCGCGGCGCGGCCCGCGCCAUGUGGUACAUCAUGCAGAGCAUCCAGAGCAAGUACUCGCUGUCCGAGCGCCUCAUCCGCACCAUCGCCGCCAUCCGCUCUUUUCCCCGGGACAACGUAGAGGAUCUGAUCGGCCGGGGCGCCGAUGUGAACUGCCUGCACGGCACCCUCAAACCCCUGCACUGCGCCUGCAUGGUGGCUGAUGCCGACUGCGUGGAGCUGCUGCUGCAAAAAGGAGCCGAGGUGAACGCCCUGGACGGUUACAACCGCACAGCCCUUCACUACGCAGCAGAAAAGGACGAAACCUGCGUUGAGAUUUUAUUGGAGUACGGAGCCAACCCCAAUGCCCUGGACGGCAACAAGGACACGCCGCUGCACUGGGCGGCCUUCAAGAACAACGCCGAGUGCGUGCGGGCCCUGCUGGCCAACGGCGCCCUGGUCAACGCCCUGGACUACAACAACGACACCCCCCUGAGCUGGGCGGCCAUGAAGGGCAACCUGGAGAGCGUCAGCGUCCUGCUGGACUUCGGCGCCGAGGUGCGCGUGGUCAACCUGAAGGGCCAGAGCCCCAUCUCGCGCCUGGUGGCGUUGCUGGUGCGAGGCCUGGGCACGGAGCGCGAGGAUUCCUGCUUGGAUCUGCUGCACAGGGCCACGGGACACUUCGAGCUGCGCAAGAACGGGAGCCUGCCCUGGGAGGUGGCCCGGGACCCACAGCUGUGCCAGCGGCUGACGAGGCUGUGCUCGGCGCCGGGCACGCUGCAGGCGCUGUCGCGCUACGCCGUGCGCCGCUCGCUCGGCCUGCGCUUCCUGCCCCAGGCCGUGCAGCAGCUGCCGCUGCCCGCCUGCCUCAAGGAGUACCUGCUGCUGCUCACCUGAGGGAGGGAGCCCUUCCCCAGAUCGCUUCUCGCUCCUGGGAGAGGUUCCCCGCUCACUUCGGGACCCGCCGGGUUCCUCUCUGUGGUUUUUGUUCUCCUCGGCCACUUGGGACCCUGCUGGCCCCUCACGCUGCCUCCAUUUUUUCCUCUCUGUUCCCUCCAUUUCCUGCCUCUGUCCCCUCCACUUCUUUCCCCUGUCCCCUCACACUCUCUCCACUUUCUCCCUGUCCCCUCCAUUUCUCUCCCAUCCCGUCCGUUUUGUCCUCUCCAUUCCUUCCCCUCUCCCCCCCAUUCACCCUCCUGCAAUGAACAAUCACCCUCUGAUGGUAAAUUAUAUCCCAGCUGUUGGAUUAA